AGAGGGAUCCAGAUAAACAAAUUAUACCCUAAAGAGUUGCUAAACCCAAGCUGUGGGUUGAGGCAUUGAGCAGAGCCUCCCAAACCAAUGACUUUGGCCGACGGCGCUACCUUCUGAAUUUCCUUUUUUAUAUAAAAGAAGAUUAAAGCGUAAGUGCUUCUGUUUCAGAGACCCUUUUGGCUUCACGAUGGGUCCUCGACAGUGCCAAGUCUGCAACCAAGCUCAGUCCAAAUACAAGUGCCCUUCAUGUUACUUACCUUAUUGUUCUCUGGUCUGUUUCAAGAAACACAAAGAAUCUCCAUGCGUCAAGCCACAGCCUUCAGAGACCAAAGCAACUGCUGUUUCAGAAUCAUUUGUAGAAAAGCCAUUUGUUGCUGAUGAAUCAAGUGAGGUGUUGCAAAAUUUCCAACUGGAGGCCAUAGCCUCUUCCAGUGAGAUUCGUGAUGCUUUGAAUGAUGAAGCCCUUCAAGAACUAAUUUGCCGUAUUGAUGGUUCCUCAAAUGCAGAGAAUGAGCUUGAUAAAGCUAUGGCAGAGGAGGCCUUUUGCUUGUUCACUGACAAGAUUUUAUCAACCAUCAACCCCUAAUUGCAAGCAAUGGUUACUGAAACAAGAGUUUGUUGAAUAUGAAAGGAACAGCAGAUAAGCCUCCAAAUUUUUGUAGGAUUUGGUUAUUAUUUCUUUUUCAUCUGUACAGCUUUGCCCUGUGAUUCAGCUUUUGAUGUAUGAUAAAUUUUGUAUCUUCAUUGAGGCAUUGUAUUGGUAACAAUUGAUUUUGAUGCUUAGAUAGUAAACCUCAAAUCUGUGAAGUGUUUCCUUUGGCUCUCUUGAUGAGAACUGAGAAGAAGUCUCGUUACAUUUUUCAUUUAAAUGGAUGAGAAGUCAUACAGUGUGCGGAUAA